CUGCGGGGUUGGGGCUGGCGCAGCUCUAGUUCCUUUCCUCCUCUGCCGCCUGCGCUGCCUCCGCCGCCUCCGCCCGCCUUCGCCUGCCUCCGCCUCAGUCUCCCACGCCUCCGAACAGGCCGCGGUUACCGGUUUGCGAUUCCCGGGCUUAAACUCUACAGCUCCAGUGUCCCGGUGUCGGUGCUCCUGCGAGAUGACGCUCAAGUCGAGCUAAGGCGAGGGUGGGAAUAGCAUGCGCACCGCGCUCUCGGACCUCUACCUGGAACACUUGCUACAGAAGCGCAACCGACCUGAGGCUGCAUUGAAUCAGUUGAAUGUUGCCACUGAGGACAUGUACACCAAUGGGUCUACUGUUCCAGGUAGCCCUGCCCAUUCUAAAGGGCAAGAGGCAAGGAAAGUACGUCUCAUACAGUUUGAGAAGAUCACAGAGGAGCCCAUGGGAAUUACUUUGAAGCUGAAUGAAAAACAGUCAUGUACUGUGGCCAGAAUUCUCCAUGGUGGCAUGAUUCAUAGACAAGGCUCUCUUCACGUGGGGGAUGAGAUCCUAGAAAUCAAUGGCACAAAUGUGACUAAUCACUCAGUAGACCAGCUGCAGAAGGCAAUGAAGGAAACCAAAGGAAUGAUCUCAUUAAAAGUAAUUCCUAAUCAGCAGAGUCGUCUUCCUGCACUACAGAUGUUCAUGAGAGCACAGUUCGACUAUGAUCCCAAAAAGGACAAUCUUAUCCCUUGUAAGGAGGCAGGACUGAAGUUUAUUACUGGAGACAUUAUCCAGAUUAUCAACAAAGAUGACAGCAACUGGUGGCAGGGGCGGGUGGAAGGCUCUUCCAAGGAGUCUGCAGGAUUGAUCCCUUCUCCUGAGCUGCAGGAAUGGAGAGUGGCAAGUGUGGCUCAAUCUGCUCCAAAUGAAGCUCCAAGCUGCAGUCCCUUUGGGAAGAAGAAGAAGUAUAAAGACAAGUAUCUGGCUAAGCACAGUUCAAUUUUUGACCAGUUGGAUGUUGUUUCCUAUGAGGAAGUUGUCCGACUCCCUGAAUUCAAGAGGAAGACCCUGGUGCUGAUCGGAGCCAGUGGGGUAGGUUGCAGCCAUAUUAAGAAUGCUCUGCUCAGCCAGAAUCCAGAGAAGUUUGUAUACCCUGUCCCAUAUACAACACGGCCACCAAGGAAGAAUGAAGAAGAAGGAAAGGAAUAUCACUUCAUCUCAACAGAGGAAAUGACAAGGAACAUCUCUGCCAACGAGUUCUUGGAGUUUGGCAGCUAUCAGGGCAACAUGUUUGGCACUAAAUUCGAAACAGUGCACCAGAUUCAUAAGCAGGACAAGAUUGCCAUCCUUGACAUUGAGCCCCAGACCCUGAAGAUUGUUCGGACAGCUGAGCUUUCACCUUUCAUUGUGUUCAUCGAACCUACUGAUCAGGGCACUCAGACUGAAGCCCUGCAGCAGCUGCAGAAGGACUCUGAGGCCAUCCGUAGUCAAUAUUCUCACUACUUUGACCUCUCUUUGAAUAAUGGUGUUGAUGAAACUCUUAAGAAAUUGCAAGAAGCCUUUGACCAGGCUUGCAGUUCUCCACAGUGGGUACCUGUCUCCUGGGUUUACUAA